AUGGACAAUAAUGCGGCUGCUUCUAUGGGGGACAAGGACAAUAAUGCAGCUGCUUCUAAUGGGAAUGCAGAGGAUAGAGCUGCUGAGCUGGUUGCGGGCGAGGAGGGGAAGAUGGUUAAGGAUAAUAUUGCAGCAGAUAGUAACGGGAACGUGGGAGGUGCAGACAAACAUGGCAUUGCAGCAGCUGAUAACGGGGAUGAGGGCGGAGGGAUAGUCCAAGCUGAGUACGGCAACCUUGGCUUGAAGGCUUCUGCUCGCUUUCCUGUGGAAGGAGACGCAGGCAGCCCCGUGAGUCAGGCCAUGGAGGAGGAGAAGGAACGGGAGGAGGCGAGUAGGGAUGGCAAGGGAGGGGAUGAUGUGGAGGAUGGGCAGGAGGGAGGGGAUGAUGUGGCGGAUGGGCAGGGGGGAGGGGAUGAUGUGGAGAUGGCAGAAGCGGGUGUGAAGCCGACAUUCGAGGCGUGGCUGCCUGGGGAUGGGGCGGAGGAGGGCUCGUUUGAGACCCAGCAGACAAGGGAUGUGAUGCAUGUGGACGCGGAUGAGUCUGCUGCUGCCCUUGCGGAUGUGCCAGCAGCUCCCUUAGCCGAUGUGCCUAUGGCUUUCGAGACAUCUCAGAAGUUGAUUGACACGCAGCCGACAAGGGCUGUGACACACAUGGACGCGCGUGAUUGUGUUGCUGCUGCCCUUGCGGCGGAUGUGUCUGAAGCUCCUUCUGCGGAUGGCCCCAUGGCUCUGGAUGGGCAUGCAGGCAACGUAGGUGAGGUGGAGGGAGAAAGGGAGGCGGUGGGAGGAAAGGAGGUGGAGAGAGAGGAGGAGGUGGAGGGAGAGGAGGAGGUGGAGGGAGAGGCGGAGGUGGAGGGAGAGGAGGAGGUGGAGGGAGAGGAGGAGGUGGAGGGAGAGGAGGAGGAGGGCGGAGAGGGGGGGGGGUUAUGA